GUUAAACCCAGCCAGAAAAUGCCAGCUGUCCUCUUUGGAAAAACUCAGGAGCAAUUAUGUUGGUUAUGUGCGUAACUGAGGCCCGACAGCAGCUGUGAAGGGCAAGGCACCAACAAUACCUCUAGUUACUGCUGAAGGAUGACCUCUCAACUAGUGAUCAGCUGUUUACUUCCAUGAGCCCUUAUGAUGUAGACCUUCCAAUUCAAACAACUGAAGAUGCGUUGUUCGCUUCUCAAUUUAAUCAGCCCAAAGACUUCCCUACAGACUUCUCAUCUGUGGAUCUCAGCUAUCUUCCUGAUAUCAUCCAAGGUAACCCAGAACAAAAUCUAUCUGAAGAUGGCUGCGAAAUACAAAAAGAGCUUGAUAGGUCAGCAUCAAGAAGUGAGGACAGUGGUAUCUUCAAGGAUGAAAGCAGCUUGUCACAUCCAGAUGCAACUCAACCAUCUCCUGAGGCAUCUGGUGUAUGUCAUCCUCUGAUGCCAAUGACUCCUGUGACCCCAGUGACACCUGCAUCAGAAAGCUCUGGCAUAGUGCCUCAGUUGCAGAAUAUAGUGUCAACUGUAAACUUGGCUUGUAAACUAGAUCUGAAGAACAUAGCUCUGCAUGCCAGAAAUGCAGAGUAUAACCCAAAGAGGUUUGCUGCUGUGAUCAUGAGAAUCAGGGAACCACGAACAACAGCCCUCAUCUUCAGUUCAGGAAAAAUGGUCUGCACAGGAGCAAAAAGUGAAGAGCAAUCACGGCUCGCAGCCAGGAAGUAUGCACGCGUGGUGCAGAAGCUUGGGUUCCCUGCCAAGUUCCUGGAUUUCAAGAUACAGAAUAUGGUUGGGAGCUGUGACGUGAGGUUCCCUAUCCGGCUGGAAGGUUUGCUUCUCGCUCAUCAGCAGUUCAGCAGCUAUGAACCUGAACUGUUUCCUGGCCUUAUAUAUAGGAUGGUCAAACCCAGAAUAGUGCUGCUUAUCUUUGUGUCUGGAAAAGUUGUGCUGACUGGAGCAAAAGAGCGUUCUGAAAUCUAUGAGGCAUUUGAGAACAUCUACCCCAUUCUAAGAGGUUUCAAGAAAUCAUCAUAACGUGGCCCGUAAAGCAACUAAGAAUAAUACAUGGGUUUGUAUUACUAUGCAUGGAACAGAGGCAAGGGCACUUCUGGACCCCGUUGUACAGUUGUGGAUUGUUAAGCGAACAGUGCUAUUCUGAAUGCUAUAAAUGCUGAUGCCUUUUUGUAGUUUG